AUGGACUUCAACGCAAUUGAGGGCAUGGAUAUUGCCGACCUGCUCCAGAUGCAUGCCGUCGCGCAGGUGCAGUUUGCCGAGGCUCUUGCGAAUGAGAGAAUUCCCUUAGAGGUUGAGAUUAUCACGAGAACCGUCAUAGCAGUGUCCUCCAUCAAAAUCGGCGUUCAUCUAUCACGGCAGCCGUUCCUGGAAGAUGCGGUCCAGCACUUGGAUGCACUUCUGCGCCGCAUCCCGCAGAUCUCCCCAGAUCGUGCCUUCAUACUGAACAAACUCUGCGAGGCCGAGUAUGAGCUCUACUGCCUCACUGGCUCCCAAAAGUCGCUUGACAGCUCCGUCACAUAUGGACGCCAAGCCAAUGACCUGUCGGCUGCGACUGGCGUCGAAGAGAGUCUGGAUCUUCAUGUUGAGAUUUUGACUAAUCUGGGACACUCUCUGGUUCAACGCUUCGAGUUGAAAAAGGACCCCCCCGAUCUGGAGGACUCCAUUGCUUGCAAGCGGGAGAUCCUGCCGAAGGUACGCAAGGAUUCCGAGCGAUAUCUAAUGACAGUGAACAAUCUUGCUUCAUCAUUGCGCCUGCGCUAUAUGUGCACACAAGAUGAAGAAAACGAACGAGAGGCUACUGAUCUCUUUCGAGAGCUGCUGUCGUCAGCCGAACCUGGAACAUGGCUACAUGGCAUGGCCAUUGGCCAGCUGGGAGCCUCGGCUGCUAUGAAGUUUAGGGUUCAGAAAAAACCGGAAGUGUUGGAUGAAGCAAUCGCAAACUGCAAUAUUGGCUUGGAAGUCAACGUUCCAGGACAAGAUGGGUGGACUGAGAUGCUUUCACUUCUCGUGGAGCUGUGCACGGCAAAGUUCAGCUACACUGGCAAUCUGGAAGACAUGGAAGUACUUGUCUACAACUCUUGUCGCUUGUUCGAUUCUAUACCGAUUGGUCACCACACCAAGGGAGAUCAACUUUUGACACAUCUCAAGAGAUUACGAGAGUGCGCAUUCACAGUCAAAGUUGUGGACAUAGUGAAAAACAUCAGUGAUAAAGGGCGCAUUGCGGUCGAGAGCACGCCGGCGGAUUAUCUAAACAAGGCACGGUCACAGUUUGAAUACUCGCAUAUCCUGGGUCAGCAGUACUUUCUGUCUGGCAGUCUGAACGAUCUCAUCUGCUUAGUAGAGUAUGGCCUGGUCGUGUCCGGUGAUUUCAACGAAAGCACCAGAGCUAGGUCAAGCUUGCAAGCCCCAGAGGUGAACGUUGACUGGUACCCCGACUUGGUCAGCAACCUGAAAUUGCUAGCUGAGGCACCUGCUGAGAAUCCUAUGCGUCGAUUGGCAGAGGAGGAGUUGCUUGCGAGGUUCAAGUCCCAUUAUAACUUUGAGAAUCAAGAAUACGCACUCAUGGCUUUGGAUGAGCUCUAUGAGUACAACGCUGCACGUUUAAAGCUUCUAGCGACGGCUGCGACAGAUGGCGUGGACUUAAUCAACGAAGAGAUUGAAAAGAAAAUAUCAGAACUCAGCUUAGAACACGACGAGCCCGUGGAAGCAGAAAACGAGGCAGAGCCAACACUACCCGACAUAUUUAACAUGGUCCCUGGUCAGCGAUUGGUUAACAUCGAUCCCCGAGAUGGACACAUGGUUUUCGAUAUCAAGGAUUUCAUCAAAGCUCGCUACUUCAAUGAUGAUAGUCCUCGACCACCUAGCGAACUCCUUGAUAAUGACGAAAGACUGGAGCGAAAGCUAUUUAGGAAAGCUGGCGAGGAGGGCAGGCGAAUUAAUCCUGGCUUGUGCUAUUGGUGCCAGUGGCUUUGCACACUUUUGGACCCAGAAGAUGUGGGACUCAAAUUCGUUGCUGAAGACUCAUGCAUCCCGAGCACUGGGGACUGGAGGACAAUCUUGUUCCGGAAAAGUAAAUGCGCUGUCUGUAACUUGGCAGCCUCCUUGAUCACGACAGCCAAGGGCCAGCUUCACACAUACUUUGAGAAAAUAGAGGAAGGGGCCAAGCGGAUCCGUUUCAUGCUGGGCCGGUUAUCAGAUGGCGAGGGCGUCAUGAGAGUAGAUGUUGGGCUCUCCUAUGCGGGAGAGUUGCGGCUGCUAACACCAAAAAACUUUCGCCACGCUCUUCGACAGGCAUGGGAAGAUAACACUGAAACACCACUUACAUUGGAAGCGCUAUUAGAAGACGCUUAUGGGCCCAUUAACGACAAGGGGGGACAGCAGAUUGACCUUAAACUCAUGAGAAGAUGGUUGAAGGACUGUGACCACAAUCACGGCCCUAUCUGCAACCACCCGCGGCCCGGAAACCGGAUCAAAUCCGAAAUCCCUCUGCUUUUCAUUGAUGCCGUUCAGGAAUGCCUCGUAAUUGGUACUUCCAGCGACCAAUACUUUGUGCUCAGCUACACUUGGGGUAGAGUGAACAUGCACAUGACGUUAUUGGAGAAUGUUGAGGAGAGAAAGCGACCGGGGGCGCUAUCUUCUGUUCCCUUUCCAAAGACAAUCAAGGAUGCAAUGGAUUUGACACGUUCUCUCGGAGAACGAUUACUUUGGAUCGAUGCCAUCUGCAUCGUGCAAGACGAUGACUCACAGAAGGCGAGAGACCUCCCAAACAUGGAUAUCGUGUAUGGGAGGGCUCACGCCACUAUUGUUGCCCUGCACGGUGAUAAUGCUGAUGCAGGCCUCCCAGGUGUUUCACCCGGAACACGCGCCUGCCAGCAGAUCGAGACAAUAGAUCUGUCUCUCUCCGACGAAGACGAGGACGACGUACCGCAGGAGAAGGGUAAUCGAACGUGCAGAUUCAUCCGGGGUCCUAGCCCGCUCCCCUUGGUCCUGCAGGCAUCUACCUGGGACACGAGGGGGUGGAUCUUACAGGAGCGGCUUCUAUCGAAAAGAUGUAUUUACUUUUCUGCUGACGCCUUUUACUUCGAAUGCAAUCGGAGAACUUUGGCCGAGGGCGGGGUGAACGAAGAGUACACGUCCUUUUUCGCUGGAGAAGUAUUCGAUGACCGAGAGAUUCAGCAACGGCCGAAGCAAGAUAACCCCAUAUCAGACUUAGCCUUCAUGUAUGAUCUUGAGGCUGGCCCUCGACUGUGGAAGGCCUGGGGCGUGUAUCAAGAACUUGUACAGAUGUAUAGUAAGCGCCAAUUCACUUUUAAGCCAGACAUCCUCGACGGCUUUGCUGGCAUCUUUGCUGUGCUGGACGAGCUCGUACUGCAAGACUACUUCGAGAGCGCCACGGUGCAGGGACUGCCCGAGAGCUUCUUCAUCCACGCACUCCUCUGGACGCCUGCUGCCAAGAUACCACGUAGGGGGCAGAAGCUCCCCUCCCAAACGAGUGGCACGGCUAUCGGGCAGCCAGAUCUGAGAUUUCCCAGCUGGUCGUGGGCGGGCUGGGACGGCCCAGUGGAUUAUAGGUUAUUUGAGGGGAUCAAAGAUGACAGUGACCGACCUAUGCCGUUAGUACGCAAAUUCAAGCUAGAUGGCCAAGACAUCUACCCUGAUAAGUGGAAAAAGGCUGUUCAGACCCUGCAUGAGAUUGAAGAGAAAAGUGGAAAUACUUUGUCGAACGAAUUUGUCAAAAAGGGAGAUAAUCAACCCAAAGCUUUGGGAAACCCUGAUCCUGCCAUCCAAUACGAACCUGAUAGUAAGAGAGAACUUGACUCUUCUAAAAGCUUGGAGACCAAGGAGAAGCUCAUUGAGCUUCACGUAGGGGAGGGGAAAGCAGAAGACAGCAAAUCGAGAGAACACCAACGACCAUGUAUGGAGGGACAAAAGCAAAUGGAUGCUCCUCCUGCCAAUACAAUCUUGGAAAUGACUGCCCCCGUGGUUCCAUUUAGUUCCUUUUCAUUGUCGUCGACCGAAGACUAUCUGUGCUUGACGGACCAAGUGCACACAAAGGGGCCCCAAAGCGUCCGCUAUAUUUUGGACAGCAGCGGUGCGCACUGUGGGCUCUGGUGGUCCCAGGGCGGCAACGGAUGGACUGAGGAUGACUUGUAUCUCGGACAUGAGAAGAAGCUGGCCCUAGUCGGUAUCUCUAACCACGAAUCCUGCACCCGUCCGCUGCAAGGGCCGGGCAGUGUUGAGGGACCGAUCGCGCUCUGGGACAGCGACGUAUUCCCUGCAGUUGGCCCGCAGAGUGGCUGGAUAAACGCAGUAGUGAUUGACCGAGAACCAGGUUACGAGAAUGGUGUUUCAAGUCGCUGUACUGUAGCCAUCAUUCAUAACAUGGCAUGGGAGCAGUCGAAACCUGCGGAAACAUUAGUCCGCAUUGCAUAG